AUAGAUCGUUUGUUCGUUGUUUGUUCUUAAUUGUUCGGCCAAAAUUAUUGUUAGUUCGAUUAUACAACUUUUUAAAAUAAAUAAUGAAAAAAUGGCUUUUGAGUUAGCGUCGAUUCAUUUUUGAAUAGAAAUGAUAGUCACCACCACAAUAGAAAAAUGAUGAAAUAACGUAAAAAAUUUGAGCAUUGAACAAAAAAACUUGACCAAUCAACAAUAUAAAUCAUUUUGCAAAUAUUCUAUUGUUUAUAAGGUGUUUCAAUCAUUUUUUUUAUAUUAAAUUUAGUCGUUCAAGUAUACCUUCCAAUUUCAAACGUAAGACCCAAAAGUUGAACAAGAUGGCCUCGUGUGUUCAAGUAUACCGUCUCUCAUUUUUACGUGACUGUAGCAGUACUUGAACUAUUCCUGACUCUAUGUUAAAUAAAUAUUUAAAAAAAUAUAUUUCAUCGCAUAGUGACAAAAAAAGUAUAUAAAUAAAUUAAAUAAAAAAAACUAUGAAUAAAAUUUAUUAUUUUUAGAACAAAUAUUAGUGUUUGUCAAAUAAAAAAAAAAAUUACAUGUUCUAACCUCACACUGUAAAUAACAGGUAAAAAAAAAUCCUUAAAGCCAUCCGUAAACAUCUAUAGGCAUAAGUGGAAAUUGUAAUACUUUAUUAGUAUUUUCGAUGUACCUGAUAUGCUGACAACAAGAAUUGAAUUGUUGUUCCGAAAUCUAAGGACGCAUUAGGGGUGAUGUUUUAUUUAUCGUUUUAAUUUUUAGUUGAUGUUUAAUCGAACAAGCUAAUUUUGCUUGAACUUGAUAUAACUAUAAACAUAAAUGGGUAAAAGAUAUUAUUGCGAUUAUUGUGACAGAUCUUUUAAAGAUGAUCCAGAGGCUCGAAAAAAACAUAUAUCCAGCUUACAGCACGUGAAUAAACGAUCGGAGUAUUAUCGGCAGUUUAAAGAUCCGCAGGAUAUUCUUAAAGAUGAAUCAGGAAAAAUAACAUGCAAAAAAUUUUUCACUAGUGGUGAAUGUGCGUUUGGGAACAAUUGUAAGUUCUCCCAUUACUCACCUCUAAUGAUCCAAGAGCUCGAAAAAAUUGUUGCAUGGAGGAAACAAUCAAAAAGCGCAGACUUUAUUCCCAACAAAUCUAAUUUAUACGGUAUUUUCAAUGAACAUUUCGAAAAUCCAAUUGUCACCGUUUACUCACAAGUCGACAAUCCAGUGUGGAAUACUACUACCAACUUAGAAAACUAUGGAAAUUUGCCACCUUCACUUUCGCUAAUGACAUCUCAACAUGUCACUGAUUCAAAUUUCGAAAAAUGGGGUCUUUAUUUCAAAUCAUAAAAAAUUUGGAGAUUAAUUAAAAUUAGUAAUACUUUCAGUUAAAAGUUUUGUAUUAUGAAGUGUGAUGUUUAUAGUAAGACUAAUAAAAAAAAAGAAGCUGUACAUCAUUUUCGUAACAGAGUA